AUGGCGUCGGCCGAGCAGGUUGGCCUGAACAAAACCUGGGAAUUAUCGCUGUACGAGUUACACAGGACGCCCCAAGAUGCGAUCACCGACAACACGGAGAUCGCCGUCAGCCCUAGGAGCCUCCACAGCGAGCUCAUGUGUCCGAUUUGCUUGGACAUGCUGAAGAAAACAAUGACCACGAAGGAGUGUCUACACCGCUUCUGCUCUGACUGCAUUAUCACUGCCCUAAGAAGCGGCAACAAGGAGUGCCCAACGUGUAGGAAAAAAUUAGUUUCAAAGCGCUCCUUGAGACCGGAUCCAAACUUCGACUUGUUGAUAUCCAAGAUAUAUCCAAGUCGAGACGAGUACGAAGCGCAUCAGGAACGAGUUUUAGCAAAGCUUAAUAAAUCUCACUCUCAAGCCGCUUUAGUGAAUUCUAUUACCGAGGGCAUUAAACUGCAGAGCCAGAACCGGCCACAGCGGUCCAGGAAAAAUGCAAACGAGUCGGAGAAUGCCAGCAAUGCUACGUCUUAUAACAACACACCAAAUCCCAGUGCUCCGACUACGCCGAACCCUCCGGCGAAUUCUGCCAACCAGAGCGACUCCUCGCAGAGUGCUACGGGACCACUUAACAACAGCGGAGCUGCCAGUGCGAAUAACUCUGCAAAUUCUCAGACUUCCGCCAAUAGCUCACAGCCCGCCAGCAGUCCUGCUGUCUCUGCUACCACGUCUCGCAACUCGACAACUCCUUCGCCGAAUCCUGCUAAUCAGAUUCCGAAACCUCCGAAACGACAGAAGAGUCUGCAGAACUCGGAGAAUGACUCGUCGAGUGCAGAAGCGGAGACUGGAGGAGGCGAUUCAAUGGUGGACACCGAAGGCGAAGGACCCAGCGAGCCAUUGAUGUUGAACGAGAUAGAGUUAGUCUUCAAACCACAUCCCACGGAGAUGGCUGGCGAUAACUCGCUGAUAAAAGCACUGAAGGAGAAUAGCAUUCGAUAUAUCAAGACUACUGCCAAUGCGACAGUCGAUCACCUCAGCAAAUACCUAGCGAUGCGACUGACGUUAGACCUGGACACAGAGCUUUCGGAGUCGGACAGGCUGCUGAACUUUUGUAUCUACAUCGCACCAUCUCCAGGCCAGUUGGUGGUACUAAGUGGCUCGCAGACCCUUCGACAAGUGAACGACAAAUUCUGGCGUGUAAACCGACCUCUGGAGAUGUACUACUCCUGGAAGAAAACCUAGGGAAGGCCCCGAAAGUCUUUGUCUGACGGGAGCUAGUCACCGAGAAACGAAGGAAACGUUAAAAAACGCGAAAUUUCCGUCAACCCUGGGACCCGACCCUCGAGUUCACUCGAUCAACUUUCGCAUGAAGAGUUUACAAUUUCGAGUGCGACUUUGAAAUCUUGACUAAUGAAAUUUAAUGUUGAAUUUUUCAUGGGAAUGAAAUUCGCGUGAACUCGAGAAUUUAGCCCCAGGGACCUGAUUAUUAAUUUCAUUCGAUCAACUUUCGCAUGCGAAGUUAAGGUGAAGUGAAAGACGUCGAGAAAUUUCA